GUACUGAGGUCUGGCGAGACGGUUGCCUGUCGCCGUUCCAGAAUGCCUACAAAGCUUCUGUGCACUAUGUCAGCGGGAACAUGCCAGAAGAGAUGUUUGUGAACUCGGAAGGGGCCUACAAAGUUCCUCUCAGCUUAGUGCUGCUGUCUCUCAGCAUGAUCCUGGUCACUGCACCUUUGGUGCCUUUGGGGCUGCCGCUGAUGGCGACUUACGGCGUCUGGACGGUGGGCUGGCCCAGAACAGGUUGUGAUGCAAUUCUCCGAUUGCUGGGCAUUUUGCUUUCGUGGGCUCCGUUGGCCCUGUUAAUUCCUCUGGCCCGGAUGAUUAGCACUGGGCAAACACUGCAGCUCUUCGAGGAAGAGAAGAUCUCGCGCGUGGAGGUCCUCGGGCCGUUUAUUUGCUGCCUGCUUGCAUCUCUGGUCUUCUUUUCCGACGUUUUCCUCUACAUCGUUGAGAGGGCUUGUGCAUGGAUGGUCUGGGACGAAUUCGCUGAGCUGGAAGAGAAGGUUUUCGAGGUGGACGAGGAUGUCAUG